UGUGUGUCAUAAAGAAGUAUGAGCGAAUUCGGAACCGAAUGACAGUGUAAAUUCACAAUGACUUUCUCAAAGACUACCUUCAGCGUUUUUUUCUUUGUUGCUUUGUUGUUUUUGGCUUUAACAGUUGUUUUAAAACAAUGGCACUUUGGUGUGCGGGAGACUUUUGGUGAUGCUGCUGCGCCAGAUGGUUUAACUCCAGUGCGAAACAGAUUGCUUCAACAACUUGAAGAAAGACAACAAGAACUCGAGCAACUUUGCAUCUCAUCUGAUAAUGUGCCAACAACACUGGGAUUUAUGGAUCCACGGACUCCUGAAACGGAAAUUGGAUGCGAAGAACUUAGUGGAGUGAACGCUGUUGACUUUCUUGGUUCGGGUUACACUAAAACAGUUUUGAAAGCAGCGUUACCUGAAGGACUCUUUGUUGCGCUUAAAUCCGUGAACCAUCAAGGGACUGACAUGAGACUGUGCAUGGAGGAUUUUAAAGACCAUCAGAGCUGUCACGAGCUUGUAUCUUUCAAACUGAGGAAAGAGAUUGUGUUGUUGCAAAGACUUCAGCAUCCCAAUAUUAUAAAGUUCAAAGGUCAGUGUCAGUACAGCGCUUUGGUUGGUGGCAUAACAGCAGUUUUGGAGCAGGGGAUGCCACUACAGAUGAUCCAGCUCCUGCAGAGCCCCUGGGAAGAGCGUUUUCGGGUCUGUCUUGGUUUAGUGAGACUACUUCAGUAUCUAUCCUCCUCACCGCUGGGUUCUGUGGCCCUGCUAGAUUUCCAGCCUCGGCAGUUUGUGAUGGUGUCGGGAGAACUCAAGUUAACCGACUUAGACGAUGCAAGUAUUGAAGAACCAAGAUGCGAGGAAGACUCAGACUGCCUACUGCAGUUUCCUCUCCGCAAUUUCACCUUCAGAUGCUCUUCUUCUCGGAUCUGUGAAGGUUUGAACGAGAUGAGGAACCUCUACAAUGCCUACAGGUAUUUUUUCACCUACCUACUGCCUCAUCAGGCUCCCCCAGUGCUGAAACCCCUUGUUGAAAAAAUUAUGAACUCCACGGGGGAUUUGAAGCAAAGCAUUAAUAAAACGCUGGUUGACUUCGAAGAGGUUUUGCAUGUGUACAAGUCCGGCUUGCACCUGGAAAAUGUGCCACCGUUAAUAACCAAAGAUUAUGCUGUCCUGAAAGGAAUGAGGAGUGUUGGAAAUAUGGAAUACAGAUGCUGGCCGUCGUACAACGAGCAAGGCUGUGUGCUAUCUGUGCACAGUGCCAGAGAGGCGGCGCUCAUUUGCAGCUCUCAUCCGCAGUGCACAAGCUUCUCUUUGAGCAAUGAAAGAACAUGGACAGGUCGACUUCUUGCCUCUUUCAGAAGUGGCUUCAGCCAUCUGGUUCCAGAUGUGAACUCGGCAGUGUACAUGAGGAGAGUUAAAGCCUCGGGAGCAGUGCUUUGAGAAAGAGAGAGAAACUGGGGGAAGGGGAAAAAUUUUAGACAAAUGAAUGUGUUAUAUUUGUAGGCAACUUUCUCAACAGCGUUUGAUCCCACUGCCAAUCCUACACGCUGCCAAGGAGCGUUUAAAAGGAUUUCCCUUCAGGUAUAAUUAACCUGUGGAUACAAAAGGAGAAAGAAAAAUACUGCUUUCCAACUUUUUUAUUUUCCUUCUAUGUUGCGUUCACAUGGCACGGUCCAAUGGAAGGACAUUGAGCCUAUUCUGCGCUGAGUAAUGCCUGCAGGCGGAAAAUGAAAACAAGCUCUUUCACAGAUUUGCUUUGAUGUUAAUGAGGCCAGAAGUUUGCUGCGUUUUGCUGGAUGCCAGUAUGUGCCGAAGACCGUGUCAAUAGGCGGAAAACUGCUGAAACCACAGAAAUGCAGGAAUGUUUAGUGGGAACCAUUGUUCUUCCAGCAUUACCCUAUGUAGGGUAUAUGUAUGAAUGUAUGUAAUAACUUUAUAUAUUAUAUAUAUAUAUAUAUAUAUAUAUAUAUAUAUAUAUUUCCUUAAAUUGUUUGAUUGAUAAAAAAUAGUUUGUAAUAAAAUAUUUUUUCAAAUAUUUUGACCCAACUGCAUGUAUUAUGUUUUAUACUUCCAUCCCUUGGAUGUUUCAUGUUCUUUCAGAGAAAGAGAUACACAUGCCAUUUGUUUGGAUAUGCUUAUUCUGCAUUCUGUCUUGUUUUUAUGACUUUAUCC